CAGCUGUCUAUUUAGGCAGUGAGCUCACUAGGGUUUGGAACACAGUCUGUUUAUGUUCUUCAGGACGCACCACACACGCACGCACGCACGCACGCCUCACUUUCCAGUUUCCCAUUAGACUACACGCGGGAUGAAGAUGGCUUGACGACGCCGAUGCAAACCUGGUUACUAAACUUUUGACCGUUUUUCAGGGUUUGCUGAAGAAAGAGUGAGAGAGAAAGGCACUUUAAAGAUGAACAUUCAGUCAGCCAUCAGGUGUGAGAUCUUUGUCCCGAGAGAUGAAAAGUUACUGGUAGCCAUAGAAGUGAGGAGAAGGUUGAAGAGGAAGAGUCUUUCCUUCCUCAGUGCAGGCCACAAGAGGGACUACUUAACUUUCCUCUGCUUGUCAGUCACUAACACAAGACCAGCUCAAAUCUUCAUCACUAAAGUUAAAAAGUAUCCAGGCUCGCGACAGUUCUCUAAAAGAUCUCGGUGGUCUAUUGAGCACCUUCGUCAAGUCAAUGGCAUCUACCCAAAUAAGGACUCUCCUGAGUUUGAUCUAGUAUUUGAUCGUGUCUCUGAUCAGUGGGUGGCUAGCUCAGCAGCAGAGAAGUGCAUGUUUGUGCAAGUUCUGUACCAUGCUUGUCAGAACUACUGGGAGGCAAAGCUCGGCCAAGAAAACCCUGUGUCCCCUGGAGACCCGAAGAUACCUGGAGCUACAGAGAUCAAGAAGAGCCAUGGUGCUCCAUGCCAAACUUACUUUGUCAACUGUCAGCCAAAGCUUAUGGGAGAUGCUUGUUCUGUUAAUAUGGUCAUCUACCGCUGCAAGAUAUUUUUGAACAGAAUGAAGAACAGUAUGAUUUCAAACCAAGGCGAGUUUCAGGGUAAAGCACCAGUUGUUAAACCAUCUAAGGGCAGCCCCUCCCCUCCGGUGGUGAGGAAGAUGGGUAAUACAGUGAGGAGGCCCAGUCAGGUUCUGAGUGAGCGUGGGGAGCGUCUAAUGAGGGCUGAUGAAAAGACCAACCACUUUUUGCAUGGGGCCAAGCAGUUUGCAGAAGCCGCUCAGAAGCUGGCUCUGAAGCAGAUUUAAAGGUGCUCUGGAUGGCCUGCCAAUAACCAUUUUUUUUUUUUUUUUUUUUUUGUGGCUUUUAAUUAUCUUGUUGUAUUUAAAUAUACCUUUUUAAUUGUCCAAUUUUCCAUAGUGAACUGUUAGCAUGCAUCUUUAGUUUUUGUUGAAGGUUACAAGUUCAUGAGGUAGCUUAAGGAUUUCCUUAUUUUUGCAAACCACUGGAUGGUCAAAUCAAACCAUUUUAGAGAGGUGGCAUGGUGGUCUGUCUGUCUUUUGAAUAAGAUCAUGAUAUAAACCUGAUUGGUUUUUGCAUUUAAUAUGUUAUGCAGCAGGUGGCUGAUCCUCCCCUGUUAAGAUACAUGAUGCUGUGAUUUGAAAUGAAGUUAGUUUUGGAGUAGAAAAAAGCCUUAAUCCCUCCUUUCCUUUUGCUUGCUUCACUAAGCAACAAAUUGAAGCAAAUUGCCUCCUUUUUAAAUGAGUGCACAGCACUGAAUUGAAAAUGAGUGUUGCACUGUGAACUAAUUAUGUUUUAAAAUCCCUUUUGUUAUUUAGGCUGCAUUCAAGGUGAAAUUGUGCACUGUAUGCCAUAAUAUUAUUGUCUUAGAUUGUGUGCUGUACAUUAACUACUAAAGUGAUUAACUAAUUUCUAUGUUUUUUUAUUUAUUUUUUAUUCCUCUACCUUUUUGUAUCUGCACAGUGUAAAUUGUUUUUUAAACACAUUUUAUGAGGGUGAGGAAUUUAACAAGUAGAUCACUUUUGUGUAAUAUGCACUAAUCUCACAAAUUCCACAACACUAUAACAAAAGGUUUUGCACUUUAGCCAGGAUAGCGCUGAACCAUUAACAACUUUGGAUUUAAAUCUCUUUCAGUACUAAAGUAUAUUAUCAUUAUUUCAUACAACAGGGGUUCAACAGGGGUUCCGAGGCUUUUUUUGUUUGUUUUUAUUUUUUGUAUUAACUUUAACUUGGUCCCUCCUUGGGGUCAGUUUGUGAGGUGGCAAAGGAUAGGCUAAAUUUUUGCAGUGAUUGCUGUUAUAAUUGUCCAUGACAUUUAUUGUGUUGAUGAGAUCAGCAUUCAGGGAUCAUAUCAGAAUGGUAUUGUAUCAGCAGCAAAUUUAACACAAAUAUGUCACUUAAGAAAUUUGAUGUAUGAACAUAGUUACAAAUAACACACACACACGAGUGUACUCAUUAGUGGCUGUUUGUUCACACAAGGAGGCUGCGUGUGCUUUUUAGAAUUAUCUCAGUUAUUACAUUCGUUAGAGAUGCUGAUGAAUGCUGAAGGCUCAUUGUGAAGUGUUUAUGCAUAUUAUAUGUGAUCUCUUUAGAUAUGAUACAUAUGUGAAUAACAUUUCUGUUCUGUCUGCCUAUUUGAUGUCCAUUGUCUCAAAUUUGUAAGUCAAUAUUGGAUAGUGUUUGUGAAUGUCCUGUGUAAUAGUAUGAACAUGUCAUUUAAAAAGGCCAGGGGGUGUAUUUCCACAUUGAUUCGAAUACCUUGAUUAGUGUUUGGCAUGUUUAAUUCAACCUGCCUUUUGAUGUUCUCAUGAGUUCUGUUGCUUUAAUUUAUAGCCUAUUCCGUAAUUCUGUGUAUGUGUAUCUCACUGUGAAUUCUACCUGUCCUUGUUCAUACAUGUGCUCUUGUCUUGUGAUACCCUUAGAAAACCAUGUUAAAUACAUAAAUGCCUCUCAUUUAAUCAAUAAAUGAAAUGG